AGCCUCCGGACCGAGCUCAUUGUGCUGCUUCUCCUCUGCCUGGAGCGGGGUUUGAGCAGCUCCGAGCACCAGCACGGGCUGAUCCCUCUGCACACAGAGCUGAGCAGCGUCUGCCCCCAGGGAAAGGAGCUCUUCCACACCCAGCUCAAGGAAUCAUCUCACAUGUUUCAACAACCCCAAGCGUUUCUCUGUUUGGUUCAAAGAUAUCACUGGGGUUCUGUUUCAUUUGCAGCGGGGAGACUAAAUGACAGCAAGCAGAGUCUGCUGUUAGGUUAGAUUACAAGGACACUCUCUGGGACACACGAGGCCAUGCAGGCGACACCCCUGGUGUGUUAUUAUUUCCUGCUCGUCUCCCUGUGCGUUGAUGUUUGUGCCAGUGGAGCCAGUGCCCUUCCCAGCAGGCAGGGCAGGAGGAUGCGCCUGGCAAGGGGAUCCCCAGAAGGGCAGAGGUUCCCGAGGCAGCCAAGGAUGGAGCUCCCGGAGCCCGCUGUGCCCGGGAUCCCCCUCAUCAACAUCGACGACAGCGUGCUGGGAGUGUUCGACUCUCUCGUGGGUCUGGGGGAACAUGAGUCCAGUUACAGCGUCCUGCCAGGGAGGAAGGGGCAGUGCACGGCCAACGGGAUGAUCAUGUUCGACAAGGCCGUCUGGUCGCCCAAGCCCUGCGUCACCUGCCUGUGCUCCAAGGGAGAGGUGAUCUGUGACACAGCCAUGUGCCACCCCUUGAAAUGCCCCCACACCAUCAUACCUGAAGGGGAAUGCUGCCCAGUUUGCUCUGAGACUGGUUCCUCUUUGGAUUCAAGUAUUAUUUCACUGGAUGACAUCAGUGAGAUGUCUGGUGACUCUCCAGAACCCACUGACCUUGAUAACACCAGUGUUUUGCCAUCAGCACGGACUCAAACUGGAAAGGAUGAACUGCUUCCAACAGAAGUGACAGAGAUUAAAGAGGGUCAUAGGAAGGGUGAAAAGAAAAGAAAAAGGAAAGGCAAAAGAAAUCGCCAGAAGCACAAAGGCCAUCGCAGAGGCAAGAAGCCCAACCCAAGAACAGGAGCUGCAGAAGAAGAACUGCAUCAUGAAAGUGAUGAAGAUGAUGGUCCUUUCCCAAUUCCAGCUCAUUUCCCAAUUCCUGUUCCACCCGUGGAAGCUCCUCCUUUGCCAUCUGGAUGUUCCACCUCGGACACCACAGUAAGCUGCACUAAUGCCAAACUCACACAAAUCCCACCAAUCUCAGAUCCAGAUCUAACAAGUUUAGACCUCGCAGGAAACAGCAUCACCACGAUCUCAGACGAAGCAUUCAAUGGGGUACCUAACUUGGAAUGGAUUGAUCUGAGUAAAAAUAACAUCACCUCUCCUGGCAUAGGUCCAAAAGCAUUCAAAAUCCUGAAAAAGCUAAAACGUUUGUAUUUGGAUGGAAAUCUGCUGGUCCAUAUUCCCUCUGAACUGCCAUCAACUUUGGAAGAAAUCAAAAUAAACGACAACCACCUUCAUGCCAUUGAUGAAGAUGGCUUAAAAGGUUUAAAGAACUUGGUCACUCUGGAAUUAGAAGGAAAUAAACUUAGUGAAGCAAAUGUCAGUCCUUUGGCCUUUUAUCCUUUGAAAAGUCUUUGCUAUUUGCGACUGGGAAGAAAUAAAUUUAGGAUUAUUCCACAAGGUCUUCCUGCCACUCUGGAGGAGUUGUAUCUCGAAAAUAAUCAAAUUGAAGAAGUGUCAGAAAUUUGCUUUAACCACACGAGAAACAUCAAUGUCAUUGGGCUAAAGCACAACCAAUUGGAAGAGCACAGGAUAGCACCUUUGGCCUGGAUAAACCAAGAGAACUUGGAAUCGAUCGAUCUCUCUUACAAUAAACUCUAUCACGUUCCCUCCUACCUGCCAAAAUCUUUGCUACACCUGGUACUGAUAGGAAACCAGAUUGAAAGAAUCCCAGGUUAUGUGUUUGGCCACAUGAAGCCGGGGCUGGAGUAUCUCUACCUGUCCUUUAACAAACUCACCGACGAUGGCAUUGACCCGGUGUCGUUUUUUGGGGCAUAUCACUCCCUGAGGGAGCUGUUCUUGGAUCACAAUGAACUUAAGGCUGUGCCGUUUGGAAUUGAUGAAAUGAGAAAGCUGCGUUUUCUGAGACUGAACAAUAAUAAAAUAAGGACGGUGCCCCCCGAGCGCAUCUGCAGGACUCGCAUCAGCCACAGCGACAGCGAGGAGGAGGAGGAAGAGGAGGACAGUGAAGAUUCACGUUUGGAACACGUCCACCUUGAAAACAACUACAUCAACACAAGAAAGCUCUCCCCACACUCAUUUUCAUGCAUAAGAUCCUAUUGCAGUGUUGUCCUUAAGCCACAGAAGAGCAAAUAACAGCCACCCCCCCUCCCAGUUCUGCACUGCGACCCCCCCAUCUCCAGAAACACGGCUUUAUUUAUUCUCUGCCAGUCACAGGUCUGCUUAGUUCUACUACUAUAAAUAAGAUGCUGUGUAUUAUAUACUGGAGCAAAGUAGUAGUGUUUUUCCUUCAUAUUGCUUCAUUAUAAAAACAUUAAAUGUAAAAAAAUAGAGGCUUAAGGUUACAUCAUCAAUUUUUGUUUCUGUUAAAACUUUUCCAUUUAAACCCAGCAGGUCAAACUGUGCCCCCAGGAACGCCCUCCACAAGAUCAGAUUUUAGAAAAGAGGAAUGUAACUAUAAACCCUCAACUUGGUCCUGUCUUAUUUGAUUAACCGAAUUUAAAACAUUUUAAACAUCAGCUUUAAAAAUGAUAGUGAUAAAAGUCCUUGAGCUACAAAAAUUCCAGCAACACAAGAAGGGAAUUUCUUAAGACCCACUCAGCUACUGGACUUUCUACCGAACAUUUUGCAGGGAUAAGUUCUCUUCCAACUAAAAUUUCAAGGCAAAAAAAAAAAAGUUCAAUUGUUUGUUUUAGAUGACCCUGAAAACUUCCUGUAUUCAAACACAGAUUCUGAUGACUUAUAGGAAUGAGUAAUUAAUUUCUAUGAGGAUUUUUUUAAAAUUUAAACUAAGCACAUAUUAUUUUUUUAAAUUGUUUUUCAACUCACAGUGAUAGGUCCCAUCCAUCUGUACUGUAGUUGGUUUGUUAGAUUUUUAUACUGUACAGGAUUU